CAUAAUCAGUCCCACGGAGGAUGGACAACCCCAACAACAAAUCCGAGUUUGAGAAAAUGGUCUCUUGCGAGUUGUACGACUGCGACGUUCCUGACCUCUUUGCAAGACGAGCCAAGGCGAAGAAGCUUACCUUGGAGUACAAUACAACUAUUGGCUAUGAGAACGACCUCGAGAAGCGACAGGAACAUCUGAAAAAGUUGUUCGGCAAGGUUGGACCGAAUUGCAUCAUCGAACCACCCCUGCAGGUGGACUACGGCGAAAACACAGAAAUCGGAAAAAAUUUCUACGCAAACUUCAACUGCGUCAUUCUGGACUGCGCGAAAGUCAUAAUUGGUGACAACGUCCUCCUCGCACCGGGCGUGCAGAUCUACCCCGCGACCCAUCCGCUCGACGUCGAAACGCGCCAUAGAAAGGGGUUAGAAAUGGCGCACCCAAUUACUAUCGGCAGUGAUGUCUGGAUCGGUGGAAACGCCAUUAUCCUUGACGGUGUGACAAUAGGUGAUGGCGCUGUCGUCGGGGCUGGGUCUGUCGUUACGAAGGACGUCGCCCCAAACACUGUCGUUGCAGGCAAUCCUGCACGCGUUCUCCGCACUAUCGCGAAUUAAGUCACAUGCAGUUGGCUCGCCCGGCUCCUUGCUAUCCACCGCCACAAGGCUCGAAACUUGUCACUCGGAUGUCAAAUUGACGUCGCCAACAGUCAAUUCCGAUGCCAAAUUUUGGACAACUCUUUAUUUUCUAGUCCAAAAAGAUGGGGGUGUCGCUGCUGAAGGAAUGCCGUUGUCAGAAGAUGUCUGGAUUGAACUAUUGAUGUGUCUCCACUUGUAGCUUCUGUGGUGGUUUUGUUCCAGUUUCGAAGUGCCACAAUCCUAGCCGAUCUGAACAAAAGCAUCAUUCAAAACCAGUUGUAGUUAGUCUCCAGCAGAACGCCAGUCGUCCGCGGUUUCUAAUCUCAGAUUAUCAUGACUCGAAUUACCUUCAGUAAUAAGCAGGAGCACCUGAGUCUGAGACGACAAGAAAACUACUAUGACACA